AUGGCCCACUCCCCAGUGCAGUGGGGCCUUCCGGGCAUGGAGAACCUGAAAGCAGACCCAGAAGAGCUAUUUACCAAGCUGGAGAAGAUUGGAAAGGGCUCUUUUGAUAGAGGACAUUCUGCUUAUGACUCAAAGGCAGACAUCUGGUCCCUCGGCAUCACAGCAAUAGAACUGGCCAAAGGAGAGCCGCCACACUCUGAGCUGCACCCCAUGAAUGUAUUAUUCCUCAUCCCCAAGAGCAACCCUCCUACGCUAGAAGGAAACUACAGCAAACCCCCCAUGGAGUUUGUGGAGGCCUGUUUGAACAAAGAGCCGAACUUUAGACCCCCCGCUAAGGAGUUACUGAAGCACAAAUUCAUCAUCUGCAACGCAAAGAAAACGUCCUACUUGACUGAACUCUUCGACAGGUACAAGAGGUGGAAGGCUGAGCAGAGCCACAAUGACUCCAGCUCAGAGGACUCAGACAUGGAAACAGAUGGCCAGGCGUCCAGAGGCAGUGACUCUGGGGACUGGAUCUUCACAAUCCGGGAGAAAGAUCCCAAGAAUCUGGAGAACGGGACUCUCCAGCCAUCAGAUUUGGAGAGAAAUAAGAUGAAAAACAUCCCAAAGAGGCCUUUCUCUCAGUGUUUGUCCACAAUUACUUCUCCUCUGUCUGCAGAGCUGAAGGAGAAGAGCCAGGCAUGUGGAGGAAACUUGGGGUCAAUAGAAGAGCUUCUGGGAGCCAUCUACUUGGCGGAAGAGGCCUGCCCUGGGAUCUCUGACAACCUGGUGGCUCAGCUCGUGCAGAGGCUGCAGAGAUACUCUCUGAGUGGUGGAGGAACUUCAGCUCACUGA